UGUACACGGAUAUAUAUAUAUUGAUUCACCUUUCUCAAUACUACCCAGCAAAAUUAUUGUCUACAUUUUUCUAACUCUAAGGGAUGAUACCUACAGGCUGUACCGAGACAGAAACAUCGCAAUCACCCAUAGAGAUGGAUAAUACUAACAACUCCUCCUCUACUUUGAACGAGCCACAACUAGGGAAUGAUGAAAGCUUUCAAGCAAUUUUUAAUAAAUAUUGGACCCGAUCAUACUUGUAUAGAUGUUUAAAGUCUAUCAAAAAUGAACGCUGUUUUGAACUAGCUGUGUGGGUAAUAUCAGUCAUAGUGACAGCUGGUUUCGCAGUGGCUUUUUCACAUUCAGCUCUCCUAGAUUAUAAGAAAGGCGAGAUCCGGCAAGAAGUGUUAACCAUGUCAGACUUUAAAUUUGAUUUACCGGAAAUCACGAUAUGUCAAUUAAAGUAUUGGGAGCUUCAGAAGAACUCAGAAAAAUUAACCGAAUUGCUCUUAAGGAGAUAUAAUCCAAACUCUAAGGAAUAUAAGUCAAUUGGAGACCUUAACAGAAGACAGCAAAUUUAUCUUUUAAAUGAAGAUGACAUUAAAGAGUUGACCAAAAUGGACAACGAAGUAAUUAGCCUGCGAUUUAACAGUGAUGAUGAUGAUGACAUUGUACAACACAAAGAGAUAUCAUAUGUUAUAAGAGAUACAUUUUUUUAUGAUUAUGGCGCAUGCAAAACUAUCACUAUCAACGGCGACAUUGAAACUCUGUUUCCAAUGGAGGAAAACGAAUUAACUAUAGUUUUCGAUUUCGACUCUUUAAGAAUAUCUAAUGAAUCAAACUUUGAUGAACUACCAUCAGGAAUUAUAAUUACUCUACACGAGAAUAAUAUGCAUCCCAAUUUCGCAAAUAAAUUACUUCUAGGAAUGAACAAAGAAAAUUUUAUAUCACUAAAAAAACUAACAGAGAACAUGCUCUCCAGCUAG